AUGUCGCGCCACGACGGCUACGUCCCGCGCCCGCCGAACGCGUUCAUCGUCUUCCGGUCGCGCUUCAUCCGCGAGCACAAGGCCCGCGCCGCUGCCUCUCGGGCGGCCUCGUCGGGCCGGCAGGGGCGGGCGUCGCAGACGGACUGGAGCCGGCUCGCGGCGGAGCGGUGGCGUGCGCUGCCCGACAACGAGCGCCAGGUCUUCUUCGACAUCGCAGACCGCAUAAAGGAAGAGCACCGCGUGUUGUACCCGGGGUACAAGUACCAGCCCCGUCCGCAGCUAAAAAACCAGGAGGAGACCGAAUGGGAGGCCCCAACGACAACGACACGCACCCGGCGCCGCCGUCGGACUGCCUCUGCAUCUGCCUCUGCCUCGUCGCCGUACCCGAGCCUCGCGCCUCCGCCACAGAACCACGGCCAUGACCACUGGGCGAAAUCGCCCUCUCCCGCGGUCUCGUCCGCCUCCUCCUCCGCGACGUCCUACGCCCCCUCCGUCUCGCCCCAUCCCUUCCCGCCGCCGACGACGCCGGCGGCGUACUACGACCCUGCCCCGGUGCCUGCCCCGGCCCCGCCACCUGAGCCUGCGCUCGCCUACCCGGCCCCGCCGCCGCUCUACCUCCCGUACGACUACCCGUAUGCGGCGGCCGCGGCGGACCCCACCGAGUUCGACUACGGGCUCGGCCCCGUCGACGCCGGGGACGCCUUCUUCGACCUCGGCCUCUCCCAACCCGCCGCCGCCCCCGCGCCGGGACUCGGAGGCAGCGCGGACUUCAACGCCGCUGCGCCGUACGCGGGCUAUUAUUAUAACUAUUAG